UCCCUCUCUCCCCUCUCUCCCAGUCGUUGUUGUUGUCCCCCCCCCGUCCGUCUCACUCUACAACCUCCUCGACCCUUUUUCUGGAUCCUGAAUACCCUCUCCAUUCGCUUGGGGUAUCCUUUUUCGCCGCACUUAUUUACCUUGUAAUAUCUUGUAAUCCGACGGGGCUUCUACGUUCGCUUUCCCAGCCACACACACACACCUCCCUUAUUACCUCGACAACCAGAGUUGAACAACAUACAAAAAGAAGAGUGUUCAAGAUGCGUUUCUCCACCGCCGUUGCUAUCACCCUGUCUGCCUCUGCCAGCCUCGUUGCGGCGCAGAACAAGUGCGAUGCUCAAAACAUCGUAGACACGUGCGUGCAGGGCUACAAGUCGCGCAUCGACGGCUGCAACCAGAAGCCCAACGACUUCAUCUGCCUGUGCGACGUCUACCGCGACGUGCUUGUCUGCUACAACAACUGCCCCAACUCGCUCGACAAGCCCCCGGUCGAGAACACCGUUACCUCGUACUGCAACGCUGCCGAGCCUCUUCGCGCCGCUGCCUCCAGCUCCAUGGCUUCCGUCGCCAGCGUAGCCGCCACACAGUCGCACGCAGCCGCUACAAAGACCAGCGCUGAGUCCACUCCUACCGGCACCGGUACCACCACCGACAAGUCGCCUUCGCCUACUGCUUCCUCGUUCAAGAGCACCGGUAACCAGAACGGUGUCCAGGUCGGUGCUGCUGUUAUGGCCCUGCUUGGUGCUGCUCGUCUUUUGUAAAGCAUGCCAUGUUUGGGGGUUUGUUUGUGUGAGGAAAGGGGUUUCUUGGGGCCGAGUUGUCUGUGUAGGAGUGGAUAGCAUCAAUUCUUUUUCAAACGGGAUAAAACCAGAUUUGCUGUGCCAACGUCAAGAUUCUGCGACUUUCUGAUACUGAUUUGGUGCAUUAUCUUGUUUCUUCUUUUAGUAUCACUGUGUAGCCAGUUUCGCGCGCGCAAGUAGUGAUUCCCACAC